AUGGACCUCGCCGAUAAAGCGGCAAAUCUGUGCGUUAAUGGAGUAACUGUACAAAAGAAACGCGAGGGUUACCUUGACUGGAAAGAAUAUUUUAUGGCUACAGCAUUUUUGGCGGCAAAGCGAAGUAAAGACCCUAGCUACCAGGUUGGAGCUUGUGUUGUAAACAAAGAAAAUAAAAUCGUUGGAGUUGGAUACAAUGGUAUGCCUACAGGAUGUAGUGAUGAUGAAUUUCCCUGGGGUAAAAAUACACCAUCACCUUUAGAUAGUAAAUUUUUAUAUGUUUGUCAUGCUGAGAUGAAUGCAAUUUUGAACAGAAAUUCCGCUGAUGUUAAGAACUGCACUAUCUAUGUCGGUCUAUUUCCUUGUAAUGAGUGUGCAAAAAUUAUCAUCCAGUCUGGAAUAACAGAGGUUGUCUAUUUAUCGGAUGAGAAUGCUCACAAACCCACUUACAUAGCUUCUAAAAAAAUGUUUGAUGCUGCUGGAGUUAAAUAUUGGCAAUUUAAACCAAAGAAUGAAAAAAUUGUCAUCAACUUCACAGGUAUAGACUGGGAAAGCAUGAGCCCAUCGAAAUAA